AUGUCCAUAUUUGGAAGUCGUGGGUGCGGCGCCAAGAAAAUGAAUGAUUUAAGUCGUUUCACUGAACGGCCUCACUCACCUUUUUAUCAGUGCUGGAGAAAGGAGAUGAUUUGGUCGAUCUCUUGUUGUACUUUCUGCCUAUUGUUACAUGGUUCCCUAUCGGAGAGUUCGACUGCAAACGAUGGAGCAAAGUCACGACACGCUGUAGAUCCCUGUAUAAAGCACGGCAUCCUUGCCCAAGGUUGGAGAAAUGUUAACAAUGCGAGAGAUGUGGAUAAAAGAGGGAACACACACUGUGAUAAAGGCAAUGAUUUCCCCGGUUGGUACAGAUUCAGAGCCGGUGCUGGAAACAAAAUGCUAGAUAAGUGUCCGACAUCGCGAAAAAGAUGCGGGACUCACGCCCCGAUGUGGCUGACUGAAAGUCACCCGACGGUCCAAGCGGGAGUGACCAGCAUCAAAGCCUGUGCAUAUUGGAUUAGCAAUUGUACUUGGUCAGACACUGUCAAGGUUAAGUUGUGUCCGGCAGGUUUCUACGUCUACUAUUUGCCAAAGGUUCCAGAAUGUUCUCUGGCGUACUGCGGAGAAUCACAUGAUUUGUGUCUUGACAACAACGGAGGUUGCGAGCGCAAGUGUAGCAUGGUCAACGAUACCGCAGUGUGCUCUUGUCCAAAGGGUUUCCGCCUUGCUAGUAAUAAGAAGACUUGCGAACACGACUCAGGGCAUGGGCGGCCGUGUAGAGAUGGUUUUCUGUUGGGAAGUGACAAAAGGACCUGUGUAAAAAACCGGUGCAAAACAAACAACGGCGGAUGCAGCCAUAUUUGUGUCCACAAGAAAUAUAAUGACCGACACCACUGCCAAUGUCCAUUGGGAAGUUUGCUGCUUGAGCAGGACGGCAAAACCUGCCAAUCAAAACCUGUCACCGUCGCAUGUACCAAUGAGCACAUGCAAAUUGACAUUCUGCGACCGACAUUCCACGGUUUGAUUCCGAGGCAACUCCAAUUAGCAGAUCCCUCUUGUCAGGCCACGGGUAACAGUACCUUCAUCACGUUCAAAUCAAGACUUACCGGCUGUGGCGCCAAAGUGAAGUUCGGUAACUCCUCCAUCCGGUAUUCGAACGUCGUUAAAACCAGACCCAACUACCUGUCUCUCAUGAAGGGGGUAGUGACUUGGGCGAGCACCGUUGAGAUCCACGUGGUAUGCAAGUAUGUGAAACACCGCUGGGUGGGCCACAGCUUCACCCCUGUCGUUGACAAGAUUCGUUUCAGGGAGGAAAGACUCGGCAAUUUUUCCUUUCAAAUGCAGCAAUUUAAGACCGAGAACUUCGUCAAUCCGUACUCCAAGAAAGAUUUUCCGGUGGCGGUGAAGGUUCGGGACAAAAUGUAUUUCCUGCUCAGUGUCGACUCGAAGGACGAGGACGUCAAACUAUUUGCCAAGACAUGCAAAGCUACAACUACCCCAAGUCCAAAAGACCCGAUUCAGUUUUUGUUCAUUAGCAAUGGGUAA